AAAAAAAUAUUUCGGUAUAUAAGAAGCGGUGUUCGGCACAUCCGAACAGAAUUUCACCUUUUGUUUGUCUGAAUGUCUAUCACUGAAAAGAAGGCCUCGGCCGACUACCCGCCGUCAGAAACCCGCGAAGCCUACAGUGACUUCGACUUUGAUUAUAAAGAUUCAAACCACGUUCAAGAUGUCGACCGUAGUGAGGCAGGCUCAUCAUUUUUGGCAUACUUUAACGUUGUGUGUGUCAUCGCCGGUACUGGUACUCUGGGUCUGCCAUAUGCCCUGAGACUGGGUGGUUGGAUUGGCCUAUUCAUUCUGUUCCUUUCAUGGUUCAUGUCUACAUACACCGGUAUUAUUUUGAUUCGAUGUCUCUAUGUUAAACCACCUGUUCGCCUGUCAAAUUAUAAAGAAGUCGCCACUGCGUCAUUCGGCUGGAUCGGUGGCUGGGUCACCUUUUUCUUCAACGCUUGGAUCCUGCUCGGUGCACCUAUCCUGUACAUGGUGCUCAGUGGUCAAAACUUAAACCAGCUUUGCAAAGAAACCGCUGGCGAUAUUGGCGAAACACCAUGGAUCAUCAUCUCAACCGCUAUUGUUGCUAUCCCAUUCAUUAUCGUCAAAAACAUGAAAGAAGUCGCUUUCAUGAGUGCAUUCGGUGCUGCUGCAACACUUGUCACCGUCUUAAUCGUCCUCAUCAUGGCAUGCCUCGACCAAAAGAAUUGGCCCGAUAUUCACCACGACUCCGUCAUCUGGGAUAAAUUCCCUAUCGCUCUUAGUACGAUUUCGUUCAGUUUUGGUGGCAACGCAGUUUACCCACACGUCGAAGCAUCCAUGAAGAAACCCAAGCAAUGGCCUUGGGUCGCUAUCGCUGGUCUUGGCACGUGCGCCGGUAUGUACUUUAUGACCGCAGUACCUGGCUACUAUGUCUACGGCAACACGGUCAUCAAUCCCGUCUACAACAGCAUUCCUGAGGGCGUUCCACGUAUCAUCGCCAUCGUCUUGAUGACUGUCCACGUUUUGAUGGCUGCGCCCAUUUUGACUACCUCGUUCGCUUUGGAUAUCGAAGAUAUGCUCAAUGUUACCGUUGAACGCUUUGGUAAAUUCUGGGAAUUUAUCAUUCGUGCUUGCAUCCGUAUCAUCAUCAUGGUCGUCGUCGGUGUCAUUGCAUGUACCGUUCCUCGUUUCGACUUGCUCAUGAGUCUUAUUGGCUCGUUUGCCAACUGUGCUUUGAUCUUUAUCUUCCCCGUCCUCUUUUACUGGCGCUUGACCGGCUUCCGCAACAAACCCAUCUACGAACUGGCAUGGAAUGCUCUUAUCAUUGUUCUCGGCAUUGUCGGCCUUAUCUUUGGUACCAUUGACUCUAUCGAGGGUUUGAUCGAAGCAUUCUCGUAAAAAAGAUUCCUUACACACAUUUUCCUUUAUCCCUCACAAAGUGUACUUUAUUCAUCUCGUUACUACUUGCCUUUUUCUCCUCCAUUCUCCUUUUUUUUGGUUUCCUUCGUUUUUUCAUUAUGUUGUAUAUAUAAGUUGUAUUCAAAAUACCCCACAACCUACUUUUAUUCGCGUUGUACAAUAUAAAUACAUUGCAUUUUUUUUUAUAUUGACUUUAAUA